AUGGAUGUUUACUUUAUUUUAAAUUACGGUUAAUAUGAAACUUAUCUUAAUGAUGAAGGAUAAUUUAAAUUUUAUAACAUUCCGAAAGGCAAAUAUAUAUUAGAAGUAACUUCUAAAAUAUAUUCAUUUGAAAAAGCCAUUAUUUCUUAUUUACCUAAAAAAAAAAAUAACUCUGAUUAUGAUAUUUUUAUAUAAAUUGUUGAUCCAAUCACAUUAGAUAUAUAUUCAGAUGUUAGAGAUAAUAAUAAAAUAAUAUUAAAACCAAUUAAUCGUAUAGAGUAUUUUGAAAAAGUAGAACCUUUUAAUAUUUUAAUGUUUUUCUUUAGUGGAUAAGGUCUAAUGAUCACUAUCAUGGUUCUUUUCUACUUUUGUUCAAAGAAUAUGCCUAAUAUGGAUUUAUUAAUUUAAUAAUAAAAGAAAUUUUACUCACCUUUCUGA